UUUCGCGGCAGAAACUUCAAAGCUCCUAGCACGCUUUUAGUAAUGGCAAAGUAGCUUAGAGUGUUGCUUAGAACCACCCUUUACUCUUUACUUCGAGGCGAAGUAAAUGUGGUGCUGUGUCAAUGGAAACGACAUUGGGAUCGUCGCCACACAAUGAGGCUGUCUCACAUUACGCUGCUCCAGGAUGGUCGGGGACGAAUAACAAUUGGAGAAGCAACCAGGACAGAACAGCAAGGAGCAGGACACACAAACACCUCAUGCUCGAGCCCGUUGAGUAAAACAAGAUUCCAUCUUCAGAACACAAGGACCAGGGGUGUUAACUUCUCAUUAAAGAAGAUCCAAGUGAUACCUGCGCAUUUGAGUUCUUGAGUCUCAUCCUUAUGGAUCUGCAGCUGCAAGAAAUGUGCCUGUCCCCAAAGUUCGGUGUUCAGCUUUCGAAAGUAAAAUUGGAACCUCCUGAUGCUGCGCAUCUACAUGAACAGGAACAGAUACAGGAACAGUACUGCAGCGAGUCUCCUUCAAGAAGUAAUAGUUACGGAGUGACAGUUUGGACGUGUGACAUUAAAGAAGAACCUCGAGAGGAGUCUUCAAAGGAACAUGCAAUCGUGGAAGUCAAAACGGAGCCUUAUAACGUUGCAAUCUUGACUGGACAGGACCAAAUGGGACAUAAGUGUGAUUCAACAUCAGAAGGCAUGACAGCUGGGAUGUGUGACGUUAAAGAAGACCGUCAAGAGGACACUUCGAAUGAACAUAGAAUCAUAGAAGUCAAGACAGAGCCUUAUGACGUUGCCGUCUUGACAGAACAGGACCAGAUGGUACACAACUGUGGUUCAAGAUCAGAAGCAGCAAGAGAGAGUCCCACUACUCCUCCAUCGGAUGCUCAGAUGGGAGAGACGGGUAUUGGGUGCGACAUCUGUUCCUCUGUUCCUGGGUUCUCAUGGUCUGGGAGUGACGAGAACCACGUGUCGAAGCAUACAGACGAGAAGCCAUGCAAGUCCAAUCUCUGUUCUGCACAGUUCCGGCGGAGCACGAGCCCAUGGUGUCACAAGCGAGCACAUACGGGCAAGGAGCCGCACAAGAGUGAUCUCCGCCUUGCGGAGUUCAGCCAGAUUGCGCACCUGCAGCUGCAGAAACGAGCACACACAGACAAAAACCGAUACAAGUGUGAUGUCUGCCCUGCGCAGUUCAGCCAGAGCCGCCACCUACAGUAUCACAGGCGGACACACACGGGCGAGAAGCCAUACAAGUGCGAUGUCUGCCCUGCAGAGUUCAGCACGAGUGUCCAGCUACAGUAUCACAGGCGGACACACACGGGUGCGAAGCCAUACAAGUGCGAUGUCUGCCCUGCAGAGUUCAGCCAGAGCGGGAACCUACACCAGCACAAGCGGGCACACACGGGCGAGAAGCCAUACAAGUGCGAUGUCUGCCCUGCAGAGUUCAGCAGGAGCGGGAACCUACAGCGGCACAAGCAUACACAUACGGGCGAAAAGCCGUACAAGUGCAAUGUCUGCCCUGCACAGUUCAGCACGAGUGUCCAGCUACAGUAUCACAGGCGGACACACACGGGUGAGAAGCCAUACAAGUGCGAUGUCUGCGCGGCAGGGUUCAGCCGGAGUGGGAGCCUACAGCGUCACAGCCGGACACACACGGGUGAGAAGCCAUACAAGUGCGAUGUCUGCCCUGCAGAGUUCAGCCAGAGUGGGAACCUACACCAGCACAAGAAGACACACACGGGCGAGAAGCCAUACAAGUGCGUUGUCUGCGCAGCAGGGUUCAGCCGGAGUGGGAGCCUACAGUAUCACAGGCGGACACACACGGGUGAGAAGCCAUACAAGUGCGAUGUCUGCCCUGCAGAGUUCAGACAGAGCGGGAACCUACAGCAGCACAAGCGGACACACACGGGCGAGAAGCCGUACAAGUGCGAUGUCUGCCCUGCACAGUUCAGCACGAGUCUCCAGCUACGGUAUCACAGGCGGACACACACGGGUGCGAAGCCAUACAAGUGCGAUGUCUGCCCUGCAGAGUUCAGCCAGAGCGGGAACCUACACCAGCACAAGUGGACACACACGGAUGAGAAGCCGUACAAGUGCGAUGUCUGCCCUGCACAGUUUAAGACGAGUGUCCCCCUACAGUAUCACAGGCGGACACACACAGGCGAGAAGCCAUACAAGUGUGAUGUCUGCCCUGCAGAGUUCAGCCAGAGCGGGAACCUACACCAGCACAAGCGUACACAUACGGGCGAAAAGCCAUACAAGUGCGAUGUCUGCCCUGCAGAGUUCAGCCAGAGCGGGAACCUACACCAGCACAAGCGUACACAUACGGGCGAAAAGCCAUACAAGUGCGAUGUCUGCCCUGCAGAGUUCAGCCAGAGCGGGAACCUACACCAGCACAAGUGGACACACACACACGGACGGGCGAGGAGCCAUACAAGUGCGAUGUUUAUCCUGCCGAGUUGAGCAAGAGCACGAAGCUGUGGAACCACAAGUGCAGGCACGAGGGCGAGAAGCCAUAGAAGCGCGAUGUUUCUCCUGCAGACUUCAGCCAGAACACAAGUACGUCUUUUUACAAGGGAAAACGCACGUGUAAGAAGCUGUACGAGUGCAGUCCCCUCUCUUGCAAAGUUCAGCCAUGGCAAUGAUCUUGCGGCACUAUGUGCAGGGGAGAAGCCAUACACAAGUGCCAUGUCUACCGUGCAGAGUUCAGCCAGAACACAAAUCUGAACAAUUAUAAAUGCGCACACACGGGCCAGAAGCCAUACAGGUGCGAGUUCUGACCUGCAGGGUCGCCCACAGAACGAAUUGCAAUGUCAUAAGCAGACACAUAUGACAGAGGAUCCCUACAAGUGGGAUGUGCGUCUUGCAGAGUUCAGCCACAGCGUGGGCCUGUGGCAUCACAAGUAGACACAGACAGAUAUGUGAAACCAUACAGAAGUAUUCUCUGUUCUACAAACUUGGCAUAGCAUUCCGCAUGCUGACUCCACUAAUAUAUCUGAAAUGUCGUGCCGCAAUAGAGUUGAAUUGCACAGAAACUUCGAAGAUCCCUUGCUCGCGUUGCACCGUGCUUAAAGUUGAAAAUUAGA